GGUCCCAUCUUGGAGCCGCCGAGUGGACGGCGCCGCGCCCACGCCGCCUGGCCUGGCAGGUGCGCUGGGGGCCGGGACGGCGCGGCGGUGCUGCUUUUGGCCGUGGCCAACGGCCUGGGCCCGUACCUCGGCUACAAACGGUCGCGACCUGGGCGAUGUUCUCCAACCUGCACGUGGAGGGCGGCAGGACCAACCACUGGUUUUGGUCGGCUUCGUGGCAGCCCUUCCGCUUCUGCCGCGAGCUCGCAACGGUAGAGGCGACGGACGUCGAGCAGCUACGGACCUAUCAUACCUUCUCGCAGUUCGACGCUGCACUGGAGGGGGAGCGCUCGCCGAUACAAGCUUUUGCUGCGCGCACAGGCUGCGCGAUGAAAAGCCAUGCGAACUCGGUGCUCGGCCGCGGCGGUGCGGUCACCACCAUCUUCCCAUACCGCGUGCCGCUGUGGCAGCUGCGUCGGAUGAUCAGCGUCGAGGUGCUCGGAACCGAGCGCGGGACGGAUUUCUUUGUCGAGUAUUCGGUCCUCGGGCAACCAGGUCGCCGCCGCUUUGAGGUGAAGGACGGCAAGAUCUCGCCCGCCUCCGAUCCCGUCCUCGCCUCGCCGCCUCCGCUGCUGCUGCAGAAGCUGCUCUCCUUCAAGUCGGUGCCUGUCGCCGAGCGUGACUGCGGCGUGUGCCACGGGCCCUGA